AUGUCAAAAAGUCAAACGACUGCAAAGGUCCUGCCGCCAACGAAAGAAAGCCAACUGAAGUCCUACCAGAAGCGAUUGAAGGAUGACGUUCGUUCCAUGUACGAGAACUUUUCAGAAAUCUUCAAACUCGUUAAAAUAGACGAAGAUUCCGUUCUAGGGAAACCCUCACAAGCCGAGCAAGAUCGGUAUGAAAUUGAAGUCAGGGCCGCCAACAUGGUUCGAGCGGCCGAAUCUCUGAUGCGACUGGUGUCAGAAAUUAAACAAUUUUUAAUCCUGAAUGAUUUCGCACAAGUGAACGAGGCCCUCAAGCAAAAUGUUGAUUACUACAUGAGGGCGCAGAACAAAAUCGACAGCCACAUCAACAUAAUUAGAGAAGAGAUGAUCAAUGAACUGUACGACCUCGAAGAAGAAUACUACUCUUCACAAUACAAAUAG